AUGUAAAAUUAAGCAUAUGAUGAAAAUAUUUGUUUAAUGGAUGUUACAAUUAGACACAUUACUUAAGUAAUCGAAAAUAAAUGUGACUAAAUUGGAAAUUAGUAUGAAUAACUCAAGGAUAUAAAAAAAGCCAUAUCACAAAAAUUAUUAGAAUUACAUGAAAUAGAGACGAGAUUGAGUUAAACUGAGAGGAAGCAAAAUUUAUAAAUUUAAAAACAUUUGUCUUUUGAUAACUAAGAGUAUUAGCAAUUGUAUGAAGAAUACAUGCUUGCUAAAAUAAAAAACACAUAAUUUUAGCAUCUACUUAAAGAGAAUAUGCUAAAAUCAGAAGAAUUAAAACUUCAUAAAAAGCAAUUAGUAAAAUAGCUGGAAUUACAUCAAAUGAUUUGUGAGGAGUUAACUCAUUAAAAUAGCAAAAUAUAAAAACAAUUAAAAUAAAAGGUUGAUUUUCUCAACAAAUUUGGAUAAUUAGCUCAUUCAAAGAAAAUAAAAAAUGUUGGAUCUACUCAAUCAAUGAAAAACUCAAUAUUCACUUAGUAUGAGGAUCAAUUCGUUGCCACCCAAGUUAACUCCCUUGAAAUGCAUUAUAUCGAUAAUGAAAUCCCCUUCUUAAUUAAAAAGUGUGAACAAUAUGAUGAUGUUAAUAAACACAAAGACACCGAUGAUGAGUUAAGCUUACAUUUACCUAGAAUAGAAAAUGGCAAAAUAGAUAUUUUAAACCUUGAAUACAAUUAAGAAUAAUCAGAGAAAGUAAUCUAAAGAACAUUAUAGGAAGAAUUUGAUGACUGUUUAUCGGAUGAAGAACAAUCAAUAUACUUAAAUAGUUCACUUUUUAUUUGA